AUGAAGAAAACUGUUGCUGUAAUUGGAGCAGGAAGCAGCGGGAUUUCUGCAAUCAAAGUUUGCAAAGAAGAAGGGAUUGAUGUGGUGUGUUACGAGAAAACCAAUCGAAUUGGCGGGUUGUGGAACUAUGCAGGUGGCCAGAACGAAGGCGCUACAGUCAUGAAAUCCACCGUCAUCAACUCUCACAAAGAGAUGAGUGCAUUCAGCGACUUUCCACCUCCGAGUCAUUUUCCGAACUACAUGCACAACUCGCAAGUUCAGCAAUACUUCCUCAUGUAUGCCGAGAAUUUUGAGUUACUUCCCCACAUACGUUAUAACCACGACGUUGUCUGCGUAUCUAAGUCUAGUGAUUAUGAAGAAACAGGCCGGUGGAAAGUAGUGUUCAAAAUCCUUCCAGACGAAAAAGAAUUCGAGCAAAUCUUUGAUGGUGUCAUGCUGUGCAAUGGACACCACGCAUGUCCGAGGAUGCCGCAAUUUCCAGGGCAGAGCGAUUUCUUGGGACCCGUAAUCCAUUCCCAAUCCUUAAAAGUUCCAGACGAUUUCAAAGAUCUUAAUGUUCUUGUUGUUGGCAUCGGGAAUUCUGGAGUGGAUGCUGCAGUGGAGCUAAGCAACGUCGCCAAACAGGUUUACCUUAGCACUAGAACAGGAUCAUGGAUCUUCGCACGAUGUGGACCUUUCGGAUUACCGUGCGAUGUGUUACUGAACAACCGCGUUUUCAGCUUUGCUCACAAGCUUUUCGGCUGGAGAAUCUCGAGCUGGUUUGUGGAAAAAUUAUUUUUGGAAAAUAAGUUCGAUCAUUCUUUUUACGGACUGAAACCGAAGUGUCACGUUCUGAGUCAACACCCAACAAUCAAUGACAGUUUACCGACUAAAAUACUGGAGGGAAGAAUCAUCAUCAAAGGGGAUGUCGAAUCCUUUUCAAAGAAUGGUGCCACGUUCCGAGGUGAAUCUUCUGUGACUCCAGUAGAUGCUGUUAUAUUUGCAACGGGAUACAACAUGCAGUUUCCUUUCAUGAAAGAAUCGAUCCUGAAUUCGACCAACAAUGAGUUAGAGCUGUAUAAACUAACCUUUUCACCCGAUCUGCAGCAUCCAACUCUUGCAGUUAUCGGUCUAGUGCAAGUGUUUGGCUCCCACUUCCCCAUCGAAGAGGCCCAAAGUCGGUGGUUUGCGCAGUUGAUGAAUGGAAAAGUCGUCUUGCCUGAUCGCAAGGAGAUGAAAAAGGAAAUUUCUCGAAGAAGAAAGGCCAUGGAUGUGAGAUUUGUUGAUUCUGCGAGGCACACUGUUGAGGUCGAUUUUAUUCAUUUCAUGGACGACAUUACCCGAGAAUACGGCGCAACUCCUAAUAUGCGGAAGUUGUUGUUGACCGAUCCAAAAUUAUUUUUUGCAUGCCUAGUGGGACCCGGAUUACCUUACCAGAUUCGAGACAAACUGGGAGCAGGCAUUCAACUGCAUUCAAUAGAAUAA